AUGCCUUACCCUGAGGAAGCUGAGGGCUUCCAGGUCGAUGGACCUGAUUCCUUUACCCAGUUCCACAAGCGAUUCUUCAAGCUGAAGCCUUUCGGCGACUAUGACGUCGACGUCAAGAUCGAGGCAUGUGGUGUGUGCGGCAGUGAUGUCCACACCAUUAGUGGUGGAUGGGGAGACCAGAAAUUCCCUCUCUGCGUCGGCCACGAAAUCAUUGGCCGCGCCAUUCGUGUCGGACCCAAGGUCACCCUAAUCAAAGAAGGCCAACGCGUCGGCGUCGGAGCCCAGUCCUACUCCUGCGGCGAGUGCAAGCAAUGCAAGAACGAUAACGAAACCUACUGCCCCGUGCAGAUGAUGGACACAUACGGAUCCGAGUGGCCCGAGACCGGCAUUGUCAGCCAGGGUGGUUACUCCUCGCACGUGCGCACACACGAGCACUGGGUCUUCCCCAUCCCCGACGCACUGGAGACCAACUCUGUUGCCCCCAUGCUGUGCGCCGGCCUGACAGCCUACUCACCCCUUGUGCGUAACGGUGCUGGACCAGGCAAGAAGGUUGGUAUCGUUGGCCUGGGCGGAAUUGGUCACUUCGGUAUCAUGUUUGCUAAGGCGCUGGGCGCGGAGGUCUGGGCUAUCUCACGAUCAAGGGCUAAGGAGGCUGAUGCUCUGAAGCUUGGUGCUGAUGGUUACAUUGCUACUGCUGAGGAGGGGUGGGAGUUGCCUCAUAAGUUUUCGUUCGAUUUGAUUGUGAACUGUGCCAAUUCUUCCGAGGGCUUUGAUUUGGCUCGGUAUUUGUCGAUGAUGGAUGUUCAUGGCAGAUGGAUUAGUGUUGGCUUGCCUGAGGAGGAGGGACAGGUUAUUAAGGCGCAGAACCUUAUCAAUAAUGGUGUGCUUAUUGGUGCUAGUCACCUCGGUAGUCGGAAGGAGAUGCUGGAGAUGCUGCAGCUGGCUGCGGACAAGGGACUUAAGGGCUGGGUUGAGGAGAUUGCUAUUGGGGAGGCGGGAUUGAAGGAGGCUAUGCAGCGGAUGCAGAAGGGUGAUGUCCAUUACCGGUUUACUUUGACUGGCUAUGAGAAGAUGUUCGGUUAA